AUGACAGAAUCAUCCAUGGCAAUGAAGGAGAAUACAUCGAUUGGAUCUAAGCAUGAAGAUCCAAAUAAUCCUUUGUAUCUUCAUCACUCUGACCAUCUAGGAGUAGUCUUAGUAACUCAACAUUUAACCGAAGGCAAUUAUAGUACGUGGAGUUGUGUUAUGGUUAUGGCUUUGAGUGCUAAAAAUAAGAUCGGUUUCAUUGACAAAUCUAUCCCAAAGCCGAGCGACUCUUCGGUAGCUGAGUUACAACAAUGGAUUCGCUGUAACAAUAUGGUGAAAUCAUGGUUGCUUACUUCUCUUUCACCAGAUAUAUAUCAAAGUGUGAUCUACAGUGAUCUCGCAUAUAACAUUUGGGCAGACCUGAAGGAACGUUUUUCACAGGUCAAUACUCCUCAUGUGUUCCAGAUUGAGCGAAGUAUUUAUGAACUGCUUCAAGACACCAUGUCUGUGGUGACUUAUUUUACCAAAUUGAAAGGGCUUUGGGAUGAACUAUCUGCUUUAUACCCAUUCCAGCAUGCUCUUGUGGUGCCAUGA